AUGGGAGGUAGAAUACAUGGAUUCUUAGGUGGUGUCCUAUUAACUUCGGCAUUAACUUACUACACCGGUCAAAUGUUUCAACGUAAUCAACAGUUUAUAUCGCACAGUUUACAGCAAUCUAAUAACAUCAUCAACAAUAGAAUCUUGAGCGAUUCCGAGUACAGAAACACUGCUAUACCCAAUAAUCACAUUGUUAUCAAAGAAAGAUCGGACUUUACGGAAACUUGUAAAGAUAUAUGGAAUGAAGAGAUUAUCAAGAUGGUCAAUUGGGUUUACGGAAUAAACUGGUAUAAACUAGGAUUGAAAUUGGACGAUGAAGCAAACAAGAUUACGGACAAGAUUGCCGAGCAGUUGGCUAAUAAGAAAUAG